AUGAGUGCUGUUGCGAUUAACCCAUUGUUUGGCUUCCCGGAGGCGAUCGAGAAGUUGAUCUUCGCGCCGUCACGCUCCGGCGAGGGUAACGAGAAUCGAAGAGAGAGCAGCAAUAUCCCAAUCGACAUUCUGGAAUCUCCCAAUGAAUACAUCUUUUACAUCGACAUACCUGGAAUCUCCAAAUCCGAUAUCCAGGUUACUGUGGAGGAAGAGAGGACUCUGGUGAUAAAGAGUAACGGGAAGAGGAAGAGAGAGGAUCAUGAGAGUGAAGAAGGAGGAUGCAAGUACAUUAGGCUGGAGAGGAGGCUUCCUCAGAAUCUGGUUAAGAAAUUCCGGCUACCGGAGGAUGCUGACGUGGCGGCCGUCAAGGCUAAAUAUCAGGAAGGGGUUUUGACGGUCACCAUUGGGAAGCUGCCGCCGCAGCCUCCGAAGCCUAAGACUGUUCAAAUCUCGGUUUCUUAG